GAUUAUUACAACACCACGAGGAAACCACGAAACAAAACAAACAGAAAGAAAGAAAGAAUCUUGGGCGGUUUUCUUGUUUGGUUUUUGCUACCUUCCCCCACAGUCCCGCUUGCUCCAAAUUCCCUGUUUGAAACUUAACCCAAACUCACCCAAACUCAUUUUUCCAACAUGGGUUUGUUGGACUCCUUCCUCAAUUGGCUUCGCAGCUUAUUCUUCAAACAAGAAAUGGAACUUUCUCUAGUCGGGCUCCAGAAUGCAGGAAAGACGUCUCUUUUGAAUGCCAUUGCUACAGGGGGGUACAGUGAGGACAUGAUUCCAACAGUUGGAUUCAACAUGCGCAAAAUAACGAAGGGAAAUGUGACAAUCAAGGUUUGGGACCUUGGAGGCCAACGGAGGUUCCGCACAAUGUGGGAGCGUUACUGUCGUGGGGUCUCAGUAAUUGUGUAUGUAGUUGAUGCUGCUGACAGAGACAGUGUUCCAAUAUCUCGAAGUGAGCUGCAUGACCUGUUGAUGAAACCUUCCUUAAAUGGAAUUCCUUUACUUGUUCUUGGCAACAAAAUCGACAAGUCUGAGGCUCUUUCAAAGCAAGCAUUGGUUGAACAGCUAGGCCUUGAUUCAAUCACGGACAAAGAGGUAUGUUGCUACAUGAUCUCAUGCAAGGAUUCCAUAAACAUAGAUGUUGUGAUUGAUUGGCUUAUCAAACACUCCAAAACGGCAAACUGAUCUACAAUUGAGCCUCUCCUGGGGUUUGAACAACAUAGUUUGGAAGGUUGAGUGAUGAUACAUUUAGUUUAUGUCCAUAGGCUUAGCUGUUCUUUGAAAACAUUGAUCUGUAUAUUCGAGUCUCAUGUUUUUUUUUUCUCCCUUUCCUUCCUCGUCUCUAUUAAAGUAUGUUGGAACUGGAUGGUUUGAACGUAAUAUUGCCCUAGCUUGUUUGUUUUAAAUUAAGUUUGUAUGUCUUGUUGUAGCCA